AUGGCUUCGACGCUAUUUACUUUUCUAGGUGUAUUCAUAAUAAUUGUCGGUUGGUUACGAGAAACACAAUCAAAUAAAAUAGGAUAUUAUGCAGUCGUUGCACCUGGAACGAUUCGAUCGGAGUCUAUAUUUCACAUUUCUAUAACCCUAAAUGAUUUCCAUCAAUCUUGCUGGUUUAACAUAAGCUUGACAAAUUUCAAUCAAACCUCAAAACUCUUUGAAUAUGAAGGUAUUGAAGUUCUACCGAAAUCAACCAAAUUGAUCAAACUUCGAGCACCUUAUUUGACUGAUAAACUUGGUAAUUUAGAAGUGUUUGGUUAUCGAGGUAUCACAAGCAGAGAAUCAGCUGUCAUUAAUUUUGAAGCUCAAUCAUAUUCGACUUUCAUUCAAAUCAACAAGGCCAAGUUCAAACCCGGCGAACUGAUUGAAUUCCGUGUUAUUUGUAUUGAUCAAUUAACAAGACCGGCAAAAGAUGGCCAAGAUAAUUUGUUGAAAAUUAUUGACGAUGUUAAACUUGUGCAAGGUGUCUUUAGAAGUGAAUAUCAAAUUUCUGAGAACCCUGUUUUGGGUGAUUGGCUGAUAAAAGUUGAAAUUAAUGGUGAUGUUGAUGCUGAGAAAAGCUUUGAAGUUGCAAGAUAUACGCUGCCGAAAUUUGCUGUUCAAAUACAAACAAAUUCAAAUGUUGCUUUCGAAGAGGGAGUGAUAACACUGGAGAUAAGUUCAAGCUAUUUCUAUGGUGAACCUGUGGAAGGAACUCUUACAAUCUCUUUGGAAAAUAUCUAUAGCUACAACGAAAACUAUCUACCAAUAUUACCAACAAAAAAAUUCCAAAUCCAUGGAAACCCCACAAUUAUCUUAGACAUGAAAAAGGAUCUUCAUUUGAAAAACAAAAUUAAAAACAAUCAAUCUGUGAUACUUUACAAAUUCCGAAUCAAAGCGUUUGUAAUUGAUCAAUUUAGUGAGAAAAAGUCUCAGACAGAGACUGAAAUAGCAGUUUAUAGCCAACCAUAUAAAAUAAUAGUCAAAGGUCUAGAUGCUUUUAUUCCAGAUGAAAUUUUAAUUUUCAAAAUAAAAGUUUCCAUCACAGAUUUACAAGAUAACCCAAUUGAAGAUACUCAACAUCCAAUAAAAAUAUUUGUUCAAUGCAUAAGUUCUUCUAGAGUUGAUCAGAAUCCUUUAAGUUUAGAAUAUGUUUACAAAAUUGAAAAAGAUGAUUAUGCUUUAAUAAAUAUUACAAACCACAAUUUCACAGCUUGUUAUUUACAUGCAGAAUACCGUGGCAUUAAAUCUUCAGAAAGUCGAAUCAAAAAGAAUUAUAAUUCAUUAUUUUUAGAAGUUUUAACUGAAAGCCCUGAGAUUGGUAAGGAGCUAAAAAUAAAAGUCAAAAGCUUAGAGCCUAUAGAAAACUUUGCGUACGAAAUAGUUUCCAGAGGAGAUAUCAUAAAAUCGGAACUUAUUGAGAUGCCUAAAAACCAAACAUCAUACAUUCUUAGCUUAAAUGUGACAUUUUUGAUGGUUCCAAAAAUUACAAUUUAUGUUCAUGGAAUUAAAAAAAGAAAUUUCAUUGGACAACUGAAGGAUAUUUACAUAAAAAGAACAUUCAAAAAUUCGAUACAAAUUACAACCGAUGAAGAAACGAAACCUAAUUCCUUGGUUAACAUAAAUGUAACAACAGACAAAGGAUCCUAUGUUGGUUUAAUGGCUCUCGACUACAGAAUUCUACAAAACUUACACAAGGUUGAUGAUUUAACCGAAGAUUAUUUCUACACAAAACUUCGAGAUUAUGAUUCGUUAAGUUUUGCCCAAUACUAUUCUGGCGCAAAAGCUGGACUUGUAACUUUUACCAAUGCUCAAAAAGAUACAAGGAUUUUUUCUGGAUGGGGAUGGGAUGAUGAAGCCCCAAUUACAGGUGAUAGCGGCACUGGAUUCUUUCAAUUGCCUGCUCAAUUUGGAAAACCAUUUUUAGAAUUUCCAUAUAUUCGAAAACUCUUCUCCGAAAGUUGGCUCUAUAAAGAUUUUGAAAGAACUCCCUCAGGAGGCUUAAAUUUUAUGGAAAACACACCAGACAGUAUUACAACUUGGGCUAUUACUGGAUUUUCACUUAAUCCCAACACUGGUCUAACUCUAACAAAAGAUCCAACUAAUUUAAAAGUGUUUCAAGAAUUUUUCAUUUCAAUGGAUCUUCCAAGCUUGGUAAAAGAAGGUGAAAUUAUUGAAGUUUCGGUGUAUUUAAGAAACCAUAUAAAUCAAGAGGCUUGGACAAAUGUAACCAUCGAAAGUGAAAAAGAAGGUCUUGAAUUUUUUGAACAUCCAGAAGAAAAGUCCAAGGAAAUAAUUUCAAGACGGAUUAACUCAAAGAAAUCAGAAAAAAUCACAUUUUUCCUAAGACCACUACAACAGGGACAGUAUAAUGUGAUUUGUAAAGCUAUCUCUUUAAAGGCUAGUGAUGCAAUUCAAAAGACCCUCAAUGUCCAAUCUCAAGGCAUACCUUAUGCAAUGUCUAAGACCUUUUUGGUAAAUCUACCGCAAGAAGGUAUCCAAGAAGACGAAAUCACAAUUGGCAUUCCCGAAAACGCCGUUCCUGAUUCUCAAAGAAUUGAAAUCUCAAUAGUUGGUGAUGUAUUUCGACCUUUGCUGAAGAAUCUUCAAAAGUUGGCACGUGUUCCGUAUGGAAAUGGUGAAGACAAUAUGAAAUACAUUGUAUCCAAUUUGUUAGUACUAAAGUACCUCAAGGCACUCAAUUAUUCCAAGCCUAAUUUGGAAGGCAAAUUAAGACUUAAUCUUGAGCUAGGCUAUCAGAAUCAGUUAUCUUUUAAACAUUUGGAUGGUUCUUUUGGACUUUUUGAAAGAAAAACUGGCGAAAGAACAGGUAGUGUUUGGCAAACUGCUUUUGCAUUGUGGGGACUGAAGCAGGCAAGUGACUUUAUUCAUAUUGACAUUCGAAUCAUCAAAAGGGGUUUGAAGUAUCUUAAAUCGAAGCAGCUCGGAAAUGGGUGCUUCGAAUCCAGAAAUGGGCAAGAAGAAGAUGUUAAAGUUGCAGCUUUUGGUUUGAUGGUAUUUUUAAUGGAUGAUCAUUCGAAAACUGGAUUCAGUGGUGUUAUUUCUCGAGGUCUUCAAUGUUUAUCUGAUCAAACGAAUGCUUCGAUAAAUUCGCCCAGUUUUCUUAUGUCAACUUUUGCUUUGUUGUUGUCAAAUCAUGAAAAAGCUGAAAAUUGUUUAAGAAAACUGACAAAUAGGAGCCAUUUAGCAGAAAAUAGAAAAGAGAAUGUUCUGGACUAAGGAAGAUAACUUUGAUGGAAAUUUGGAAACUAUUGCUGGAAAUCUUGUAAAAUUAUUCGAAUCACAAUACAAUAGUUCGA